CUCAAACGAUGGAAAUGUGCCGCCAUCGUGUGGAAUUAAACAUUCAACCAAAUCUUAGUUUGACAUAUUGCAAACAUCAGAAAAAAGAUGGAAACAUUGCGAGAGGCUGAGCACGGAAAUACUUUACGACAGCGGUUUGAGGACUUACGGAACCACCAGACGCUAUGUGAUGUGACGCUAGUCAGCAAUGAUGGACACAAGUUUCAGGCCCAUUAUCUCUACUUGGCAGUGAACUCGGCAUAUUUCCAGCAAGAGUUAUCCCUCGUUAGAAAGGAUUCGUUGCUGCCUUCAACAGUUUUCAUAAAUAUUGAUGCACCCGCCAGUAUUUUGAGUGUUCUCUUAGAUUUCAUAUACACUGGUGAACUUGCAGUCAGAAAAGAAAAUAUACAAGAGAUAGAAAACAUUGCCAUAAAACUGAAAUUUAAGGAUGCUGAGAGCUUACUUUUCAAAUCAAAGUACUACUCAUCUAUAACACAAAGGUGUUCAGAAGAUCUAGGAGUUUUAAAAGAAAAUCUCUCAACAGAUGUGUUUACUUCAUCUGUUGACACUGGGUGGGAUUCAGAAGAUCAUGAUGAGCAGUAUGGUCAAGAAUCAUAUACAACCGAUGAAGAAUUGUUACAAGAUACCCAUCAGGAUUGGGAUGCAUUGACAAGCUCUGAUCAGAAAAAGAAAUCCUUGCCUAUCAAAUCUAGUCCAAAGAAGAAGAAUAAUAAGCCUGAAGAAUAUGUUGAUUUCAUGGAGGAUGCUUCACCAAAGACAAUAAAGGGUCGGAAGAAGAGAACAACAAGCAGGACUGCAAAAGCUGCUGCUGCAGAAGUCCCAAAGCGUAAAUCUGCCCGAGGUUCCAAUGCUGGCAUUCCUUCUGUGUUAAACUCAGAUGUAAAUAAAAGGUCAAGUGCAAGACGAUCUGUCAGGAAUUUGUCAAAGGUUGUGCAGGGUAGUACAUCUGAACAUCUGGCUGCUCCAAGAGGACACGGCCUGUCAGACAAAGGGUGGCUACAGAACUAGGCAAGAGACAGUCUUCCAGGUUACAGCUGUAUUCACAAAGUAGACUGAGCUAUGCCAGCAGCUCUCCGGAAGUAUCUGAUGGUGAAUUAGGGAGUGAAGACAGUACUCAUGAUGUGAUUGAUGAGCAAACCACUUACUCUUUCACUGAGCAGACUACAUCAUCUUUAGAAGAGUUUUACACAUGUGACAGGCAGGAUUCCACUGGAAAACUAAAUCCUUCUUCCACUGGUCAAAAAGCCUCUGAUGAACAAGCCUGUUCUGGUACAAAUCAUAAGGCUGUGAAAUUGCCAUCAAAGAAAUCAAGAUCUAAGUCCAAAUCCAAAAAUGUUAGUUUAAAAAGUAAGCGACCAAGUAGAACAAAGCGACCCCCAAAGAGAUUUGAUCCGUCUAGAUUCCAGUCCCAAAGAAGAAAAAAUAAGGUUUCUUCAAGGCAGAUGGAACUGUCUUUUCAGCCAUUAUCUAAAAAGAUCUCCCUGAGGUACCUGACCAGCCGAUGUACCAGAUGGGCAUUCGAGGCCUCCUCCUCCAUGUGCCAUCAUGACUACGACAAGAAGACCUGGCAGUGCUGCCGUUGUCAGGAGAGCUUCUCCAUGUACAGUCGAUGGAGACUGCAUUACAGAUCUGUCCAUUUAGCAUUCAUGCUACUGAGGCUGAAGAAGAUUCGACAAAGGAGCAUACUGAAAUUGAAAAGGCCACCAAAGAAGAGGAAUAGGUUGUCUAAGGGCAGUAUUGUAAUGAUGAACUCGGGCAAGGUUCGGAAGAUGCCAGGGCCAAAGUGUACGUUGUCGAAGGCUGCCAUGGUCAAGUGUAUUGAGUGUGGUGUAAUGCUGGCCUCCCGUGCCUCACUCAAGAACCAUCUGCUGCAGUACCACAACUUGACCCGACAACAGGUAGAACACCACAAGUCGCUACUGGUGUGCUGCGAAGUAACAGGCUGUGCGUUUGCCAACAUUGACAUUCAGAAGGUGGAGCGCCAUGUUCGGGAGAGCCACCCAGAGGUGCGCCAUCCGUGCCCCGAGUGUCAGCGUUCCUUUGUCCGGCGAGACCUCCUGGCUCAGCACGUACUACGGAUCCAUCAGAACCAGACCAAGUUCAUGUGUUCCAGGUGUGGUGAACGCUUCAAGAAAUCCUGUGAUCAGAAGAUCCACGAACAGCAGGUCCAUGGAGUCAACCAUAACUUUGUGGUGUACAGCUGUAAUGUGGAGGGUUGUGACUACCAGACAAUCACUGCCCGAUAUCUGGACGCUCACAAGAAGGCCAAACACUUCGACAACAGAAUACAAUGCUCCUACUGUCCCACAAAAGUCAAAACCAAAUUAGCACUACAAAUGCACGUCAAUGCACUACACCUGAACAAACGUCCGUACCUGUGUGAGAUCUGUGGCUCGGGAUUCUGUGACCCGUGGACUCUGCAGCGACACAUUGCAUUCCGCCACAGUACCACACGGGAAUUCUCCUGUGACCACUGCCAGUACGCUUGCAACAACAGGAUCCAGUUUAUGAAUCACACCUUCCAGCAGCAUGGCGUGAAAGCAGAGUUUGAUAAACGUCAGGAGCAGACGUGCCCUGUCUGCAGCUACCGUGCCCUGUCAGCAAGCAGGAUGAAGGCCCACAUUCGCCACAUCCACGCCGACCCACACAAAUACACCUGUGAAAUAUGCGGCAAGGGCUUUAAGAACCGCCACUAUCUACGAGACCACCAGGUGAUCCAUUCUGACUCCACUUACCAGUGUCCGCACUGUGACUACAGCCCCUGGACCAGCGGUAAGCUCAAGAAGCAUAUCCGCACUCAGCAUAUAUUCAAGGACGUCAAGCCGUACAGCUGCCCGUAUUGUACCUAUGCUUGUGCCUUGAGUGGGAACUGUCGAAAACAUGUUGUGCACAAGCACCCUGGGUUUGAUGUCAGGUACAACACUGAUAAGGACAUGUUAGCGUACAUGAGGAAGGUGGAAUCUGAGCUGAACACAGGGAAAAUCAAAGCAACAACAGCCAAGAAGUCCUAGUGACAAAUCUGCUUCUUGUCAACUUCAGAGCAGCGAGGUAGGGUUGUGGAUAAUCUAUUGGCUGAAGAUCUGUGUUCAAUUCCCUACAUGGAUGAAAUGUGUAAAGACCACAUAUGCUGUUUGUUGUCAAGAUGUAAUAUAGCUGAAAACAGUGUAAAUCACUUCUCAUCAACUGCUGUGGUAGUUAUAUUAUAGUUAGGCUGAUCAGUUGACUGCAGUUGCCAUGGCAACAACACUUUUUCCUUCAGGAUACAGAUGUUCAGUUUAGUCUGAUGUUAGUUUGCAUCACUUGUGUUGACAGCUUUAUACACCACUAACAUGAAAGUCAAUUCCAGUUUAAAGCAGACUUAAGCACAUCAAAGGAUGAGCAAACGUUAUACCCUGAACCUAUAUGAUGGAAGUGUGACGGCAGUGUUUCUUGCAAUGUGAGUAUUUCCUACUGACUGACAGACUGAAAUACAAUGGUUGAUGAACUGUUUGAGACAGUGCACCUGCUGCAGUAGAAACAUUGGAUGAGGAAGAAGAUAAGAAUAGACUUCACGGUAAAUGCAAGAGGUAUCUUCUAUACUGACCACAUCAGUUAAAGUCAUGUAUUGUUGUUCUUCAGAAGAGGAGAAUCUUCCUUAUGGCACAACAGGUAUUGUGUGUUGUAGUUAUUGUUCAUGUUUUGGCACAGGUAAACCAACAUUGAUCACAACUGAUUCUAUGUGCAUGAUUGACACCAUAACCUGAUAUACAUGCUAUACAUGUUAAGAUUAUGCUAUGGUAUGUACAGUGUAUAAGUGUAUGCAUAUGUUAACUACAUAGUGUGUACAAGUUAUGGAUUCUGUUGGGAAAAACGUUUAGUACUUUUCGUCCAAAGUUAUAGUAACAAUGCAUCAGAGUUUAUACUAGUAAUGAAUUGAUAUUUGUAUGAAUAUUUGAUAUUUAUUUAUAUGAAUAUUUAAUAUUUAUUCAUUUCAAAAUUUAAUAUUUAUUCACAUUAAAAUUUAAAUUAAUUCAGCAAUGUAUUCCUACAGGUGAUCGUGGCCUUAAAUAAAUAUCUCCAGGGCUCGAUUCAAGAGAUGUUAACCUACU